AUGAAUAUUUAAUUUUUAGGCGAAUAUCUAGCAUACAGUAAAUUAGAAAUUAAUAUUUUUUUGGAUGGUAGGCAAUUAUCUGAUUUUUAUUCAACUGCUAAAUAGUACUUUUUGAUAAAGAAUUAUACCUAUGACACCCGUAAUAGAAACUUUAAAACUGAUGUCUUAAAUAUGAAUAGAAAUAAAUAAAUAGAGCAUAUCCAUAAGCAAAUUAAAAAAUCAAAGUAAUAGAAGAAACAUAGUCUGAGAGAUUAUUUAAUUCAAGGUUUUUAAAAAAGGGGUAAGUUAAAAAUAGUUGAAGAUAAUAUUUUGAUUGGGUAAUGCGGCAAAAAAAGUUGUGGGAAUAAGACAAUUAAAAAAUUAGAGAGAGAAUAUUUGCAAAUUUAAUCAGUUGUAAAAAACCUACGGAUAUGA